ACUCGGUGGACACGAAAGCCCUGUUGAUAUCUUCUCCGACUCCGCAACGCUGUAGGGAUUCCUUGGCGGAGACUCGUUUCCUGGCUUUAAGUUUGACUGAAUCUGAGCAUGGCCGCGUAUUUCGGCGAGGUGAGGGAGAUCCCAUCGCGGGCCGUCGACGAUGACGAGGAGGUCGACGUGGAGCUGCCCACCGUGUACUUUGACCUCCCGGAGUUCUCAGACAUAACACAGCUGCCGUCCUACGAUACGGUCAUCUGCGCUACGGGACUCGCUCCCACGGUCUUCCUCGAGUCCUAUCUGAUAUCGAAAGAGCACCGGAUUCUCGGUUACAUAAAGCUGAACCCCGUCUCUACUCCAGAAGCCGAGUUCCUCGGUCUCGAUUACAGGCGGCAAUCCCAUGUGGUCGGGAAACUCUGUUACGACGAAGCGAAUAGAACCCUCGUCUGCGUGUCAGAAAAAGAGGUGCCGAACGAAUCUGCGGCAGAAAUCGCUCAAUAUUUCGUAGAGCUAUCCGGAAGCAAAACUCUCGAAUGUCUUGUGAUCACUUCACUUCCGAUCAGUCAAUAUAAGUCUGCCAAAACCUCGGAGUUAAGUUUGCCGAUACUGAGACAGCUGAAGACCGUCUCGGAAGGUCAAGUUGGCGACAUCCCGACCUUGGAAACCCCGAAUACGUUGUCGGGUUUGGGAGCCGCGCUGCUCACCGAAUGCGAGGUGCGCGGAUUGAAAGCCUGUCUCAUUGCUCAGUAUUACGACACGAUCGACAGCGACACCGUCUCGAAGCUCGAACCCUGCCUGAAUGUAGAACGACUGAAGAAAGUAGCGAAACGUCCCGUCGAGCAGGGUCGUCACAAUAUCCAGCAGCUAUUGCGUCAGUCGAAAAUCGAUCGUGGUAACAUGUACUUCUAGACGUGACAUUCCAGCGGAACGUGUCCCCAGUGAUUCUCUGUUAACGCCGCAAUUGUAGAGAAUGAUUACUCCCCUCACCCCUCCCCUCGCCUAACGAGAGACUCCGGUCCUACUCUACCUAAUUUAUCCUCGGAGUCUUUCGAUUGUCUCGGAACAGAAGUUUACCCGAGUUCUCAACAUGUUACAACGAUGGUGGAAAUCAUGCAGAUGCUGGAAAUAAUGUAUGUUCACACGAGGUUGCUCGGAUUCGUGUCGUCAUCAGGCUUGAAGCCAGAAAAUAAAGGAUUCUUUCC